UCUGGUUACACAGUCCUGCACUGGUUUGCCAAGCAUGGUGCAAUUGAAAUGUUCCAUAAGUUUGUAGCUGGUGCCAAAAAGGCAGGAAUUGAACUUGACUUGAACAUAAAAUCUAAUGGUGGAUACACACCUUUGCAUAUUGCUGCUAUUCAUGGGCAUCACAAAGUGGCUGCCAUGUUAGUAGAAAGACUCCAAGUAAAUGUGAAGUUGAGGGACAACAGUGGAAAGAGGGCCUGGCAAUACCUGAACUGCAAUACAUCUGGGGAGGUAUGGAGGCUUUUAGGAGCACCUAAGGGUAAAACCAUCUUUGCUUCUCGCACCUUAAAUACCACUUAUUUCAACACACAGAACAAGUCAAGUCAGAUAAAUAGAAAAACAUCUUUGGCCGCUUUUCUCAAACCACAGCAUCAAAAAUGGAAAGCAAACAACCAUCCUCUGUUAAGGGAAAGAGAAAUCUACAGUGACUGA